AUGAGGACGCCGACGAAUCGUACGGUAAAAGUCAUCCCGUUUCAACAUUCGUAUACUAGCGGAGAUACGACGCCGGCCACGUGUUCGUCUUCUUUGUCGGGAUGGAGAGCGAAAUUGCAGGGGAUGAAGAUGAUUGAUUGGAUUGAGGCCUUUCUCCCUUGUUCACGUUGGAUUCGUACCUACAAUUGGCGUGAAUAUCUCCAGCCUGACAUGGUUUCCGGUAUCACUGUUGGUAUCAUGCUCGUGCCACAGUCUAUGUCAUAUGCAAAGCUAGCUGGACUUCAACCAAUAUAUGGACUUUAUACUGGAUUAGUGCCUAUAUUUGUGUAUGCCAUAUUCGGGUCAUCACGUCAGCUUGCUGUUGGUCCAGUAGCAUUGGUCUCUCUAUUGGUAUCUAAUGUUCUAGCCAAUGUUGAUUCAUCUGGUGAAUUAUAUACAGAACUCGCUAUAUUAUUGUCACUCAUGGUUGGGAUUCUAGAAUGCACAAUGGGGCUCUUGAGGCUCGGAUGGCUCAUCCGCUUUAUCAGCCACUCUGUGAUUUCUGGCUUUACAACUGCUUCAGCCAUUGUUAUUGCCCUAUCUCAAGCAAAAUAUUUCUUGGGAUAUAGUGUGGUGAGAAGCAGCGAAAUAAUCCCACUGGUUAAGAGUAUAAUAUCAGGCGCAGAUAAGUUCUCAUGGCCUCCUUUUGUGAUGGGGUCUACUUUUCUUGCAAUUAUGUUGACCAUGAAGCACUUGGGUAAAACAAGGAAGAACUUGCGGUUUUUGCGAGCAGCAGGUCCCCUCACUGCAGUUGUUCUGGGUACAACUUUUGUGAAAAUAUUUCAUCCAUCUUCCAUCUCUUUGGUGGGAAAUAUACCUCAAGGGCUUCCUUCGUUUUCCAUCCCUAAAGAGUUUGGGCUUGCAAAGUCAUUAAUUUCUACCACAUUUCUAAUUACUGGAGUGGCUAUACUGGAAUCUGUCGGGAUUGCCAAAGCUCUGGCCGCAAAGAAUGGAUAUGAAUUGGAUUCAAAUCAAGAGUUAUUUGGCCUUGGAGUAGCCAAUAUUUUUGGGUCCUUUUUCUCAGCAUACCCUGCUACAGGUUCCUUCUCAAGAUCAGCAGUUAAUAAUGAAAGUGGUGCAAAAACUGGUUUGUCAGGAAUUAUCAUGGGCAUUAUCAUCUGUUCCACUCUGUUAUUCAUGACACCAUUGUUUGAAUAUAUACCUCAGUGUGCUCUAGCGGCCAUUGUAAUCUCUGCUGUAAUUGGGCUGGUGGACUAUGAAGAGGCAAUGUUUUUAUGGCGGGUAGAUAAGAAAGAUUUUUUUCUUUGGACAGUUACUAGUGCAACAACGUUGUUCUUCGGGGUAGAGAUCGGUGUGCUUGUUGGGGUCGGGUUUUCACUUGCUUUUGUGAUCCAUGAAUCGGCAAAUCCACAUAUUGCUGUGUUGGGGCGGCUUCCUGGCACCACUGUUUAUAGAAACAUCAAACAGUACCCAGAAGCAUAUACAUACAACGGGAUUGUGAUUGUUCGAAUAGAUGCACCUUUCUAUUUUGCCAACACAAGCUUUAUAAAAGACAGGCUGCGUGAGUAUGAAAUUUCGGUAGACCAAUCUGGCGGCAAACGUGGACCAGAAGUUGAAAGAAUACAUUUUGUAAUUCUAGAGAUGGCACCUGUUACUUAUGCCGACUCCAGUGCAGUUCAAGCUUUAAAAGAGUUGUAUCAGGAAUAUAAAUCAAGAAACAUCCAGAUAGCCAUUGCUAAUCCAAACCGAGAUGUUCUUCUAACUCUAGCAAAAUCUGGAUUCAUCGAUCUGGUUGGUAAAGAAUGGUGUUUUGUUAGAGUGCAUGAUGCCGUUCAAGUUUGUCUUCAACAUGUGCAGACCUCAACCAGUUCUUCCCUUAAAGCACCACAAGUAACUCUUCACAACAGUUCCAGCUAUCUUGACAUACUGAAAGAAAGACGUAAAGCUGACUUAACCGCCGAUGAAAUGGAAUCCGGUGAAAGAGAACGAUUAACAUCCAAAGAUGCAGACCCUGUAAUGGAGCCUUUGUUGUCGGGAAAAUCUCACAAGUGAUGUUGAUUUUUGUAGAUAAAUUGUAUUACUUUGCACCAUAUGUGAUUAAUGAACCAGACCUCUUGUGAUUCUUUCAUGGAAGCAAAAGGUAGAUUUCAAUCUAGUGUUUGAAGUUAUUAUGCUUUCAACCGUGAGUCAUGUGAAAACACA